AUGCUUGUCACCAGGCAGUUUGAUACCACCGAGCAGAGCCACUGGUCUUAUAGCAAGUUCGAGACCUCCCUUCACAAGCCUCCUACUACACCUCCACGCAUGUCGAACCAAUUCGAGACUCCGUUGCCGACGCCUCCUGAGUGGCAGGGCCAGCAGUACUCAUAUCUGCCGGCUUCAGAGGGCAACGUCUUCUCGCAGGCAUACGAGACAGGCAAUGACGCCUCGGAACCACGCACCACAGAUAUCCAGACCAAGCAGGAGCCUAACACUGGAGCUGACAACCGCGGGCCCGCGGACCCUCUUGGCCUUCGACAGGUCAAGCAACCCACCCCGGAAGACGAACCUGAAGUCCAACAGCAACAACAACAAACACCGCAAGAGAAGAGACAAGAAAGCGUAGAGAAGACAGUAGAGCCCGUGGCUCAGGAUAACAUGGCUUCAACGGAGACACAGAGUGUGACGAUGGCAUCGAACCCGUCACCAGCAUCAGGCGACAUGCCCUCGAUUCAGAUUGAUAACGAUGAUGGUUCCUUGAGCAAGGAUGAAGAUGAUGAUGUGCUUGACGAUGAUGAUAUGCUUGAUGAUGGAGAAGGCGGCGCCCCCCAGACUGCCGCAGAGCGGACAGCAGCCCGCAGGAAGAUGAAGCGUUUCCGCCUCACACACCAGCAAACUCGGUUCUUGAUGAGCGAGUUCGCUAAGCAGCCGCAUCCCGAUGCCGCGCAUAGAGAACGCUUGUCUAGGGAAAUCCCUGGGUUGAGCCCACGUCAAGUCCAAGUUUGGUUCCAGAACCGUCGUGCCAAGAUCAAGCGUCUCACAGCGGACGACCGUGAUCGCAUGAUCAAGAUGCGCGCCGUUCCUGAUGACUUUGACAACGUCCAGGCUCUUCACUCUCCCUAUGGCGCUGUUCACGGCCUGGGCACUCCUUUGGCUUCGCCCAUGGGUUUUGGGGCUCAAUCCUACGCUGACCACAUGAUUCGGCCACUGAUGGUGGAUGUUCGGAGGGCAGAGGGUGGCGAAGAUCACAUCUCAUCUUCGGGAAUGAGCCCAGGCUUUGGUGGCAUGGCAUACACCCCUCCUGGAGCCAUGAGCAGCCCCGACAUCCUCUCUCCCAUGACCCCCAACUCAACCGGUGACCAUCGUUAUGGCUACGGCAGCCACCUGUCGCCAAUGGGACCCGGCCCCCGUACCUCAAACCCCUUCGCACGACAGGGCGCUCUCGAGAACUCAAUGUCGAUGCACCGUGGCCAGCCGGCGCGGCCUCUCCAGCCCCUUCAGCUGCGGGAGACUAUGUCGAGGUCUAGGUCAGACAACAUCCAAUCCCCGCUGCGGUCUAGCAUGUCAUGGAAGGGAGACUCGAUCGACUACAGCAGCUACCACCACGGAGCGAGUGGAAGCCCUCAGCUGAGCGGAAGGCAACAAUGUCUCUACCAGCCGGAUCAGAUGAGCGCCUCAUCAAGCAGCGGACUCUCCUACGAGUCCGGCUCAUAUUCUGGCAACUCAGCUCACUCGCCCCCAGGCAUGAACUACUCAAACUUCCAGUCCGCGCCGCCCAACCGCCUGCGCAGUCGUGCCUCCUCAGGCGCCGUUCCUCUCGGCCUUGACCUCCGCAAUCAGUACCGCUCCGUCGGUUCUGUCCCUCCCACAGGACACGCCUCCACCCCUCGUGCCUCAUCUGCCCAGUUCGCAACCUCCUCUGCCUACACCUCUAGCUUCCCCUCGGCGCCUCUCACCGCUCCCGUCGACUUCGCCAUGCCCCGCACACCCGGUGCUCGUCCCGGUGGCGUGCAGGACUACUCGAUGCCUCAGAUGAGCGCGCCCAUCGCUGCGCCCAAUGACUUUUCCCAAGCGUUCCACGCCAGCAUGAACACCUCCAACGCGAGGACGCCCAUGCGUGACUCUUUCGGCGGCGCCGGCGGUCCCAUGCCCCCUCACCCGCACCACGCGGACAGCCAGGGAGCCAGUAGCAGCAGCGAAUACCACCAGUCAAGAGGCGGAGAGGAGUACGGACAAGAUUUCGCACUCAAGAGGAAACGAAGCUUCAGCGGUGCAGCAGGGCCCGGUCCCGCCCCGGGAGCUCAGGCAUACGGAAGCGCGGCAUAG